AUGGCUGGACCACCAAAAGUGAGCAAGAAGACUGAGCAAACCUUUGGUUUGAAGAAUAAGAACAAAUCAAAGACCGUUCAAACCUAUGUUAAGAGUGUUUCCAACACUGUUAACCAAGUCCAUGACAAGAAAGUCAAGCAGGAAAUGGCAGAAAAGGAAAAGAAACGUCUUGAAAAGUUGGCUCAAAAGAAGAGAGAACAAGAAUUAAAGGAUUUGUUCAAAACUAUUGAUGGUAAGAAGGAUGAAAAGGCUGAAGAAGCAUCAACAGAAGAAGGACAAGAAGGUGAAGAAGUUACCUUUGAUUCCCUUGAACAAGAAAUGGCUGAUGAAGCUGAACUUUCUAUUGAAGAAAUUGUUGAAAAGGAAAGAGCCAAGAUUAUGGAUGGUACACCUGUUACAUAUGAAUCCUUCACUAAAUGGAAGCAAUUCAAGGUUGAACAACAAAAGAAGGAAGAAGAAAGAAAACGUAAAUUACAAAUGGCUCUCUAUGAAAAGUCUGGUCAAGGUUUGUCUGGUCGUGAAUUGUUCAAGAUGAAUGAAGCUCUCUUCGUAGAUGACGAAGAAGCUGAUGAAACCGUCUAUGAAAUUCCAGAAGAUGCUAUCGAUGAAGAUUUGUUCUUGGAAGGUGAUGAUGAGGAAGAAAUUAGUGAAGAAAUUGAUGAGGAAUAUGAUCCAUCUUCUUGGAAGGAAAAACAAACUCCAAAGGAACAAUUAUUGAACUAUACACAAUCUAGAAAAUACCCAGAUGCUAAAUAUGAAAAGCUUCCAAAACAAAAUCCACAAGAAAAUGGUGAAAGAAUCUCAGUAGUUAUUGAAAAACCAAUCAAGAAGGAAUUCAUGUUGUCAAAAUUAUUCCCUAGUCGUAAACUGGCUGAACAAAAUGCCUCUCUUGUUGCUUUGCGAUUUUUACAAAAGUACGAAGAAAAACAAAAGGAAAAGGCAGCAACAGCAUCAUCAUCAAACGAAUAG